AUGAAUCCUAUUAUUACAAUUGUAACACUCUUACUAAUAUCCGGCCACCGCCGCAUAGAAGGCCAAAAAGUGGUUCAAUUCAUAUUCGGCGACUCAUUAUCUGACGUAGGAAACAACAACUACCUUUCCAAAAGCCUCGCCAAAGCUAAUCUACCAUUUUACGGCAUCGAUUUCGGUAACGGUUUACCCAACGGCCGUUACUCUAAUGGUCGAACCGUCGCUGAUAUAAUCGGUGAUCAUAUCGGACUUCCUCGACCACCCGCUUUUCUUGACCCGUCUUUAUCGGAAGAUGUCAUAUUACAAAAUGGUGUCAACUACGCCUCCGGUGGCGGUGGUAUCUUGAAUAACACCGGCGGUUACUUUAUACAAAGAUUGUGUUUCUACAAGCAAAUAGAGUUGUUUCAAGGAACUCAACAACUAAUAACUGCCAAUAUUGGAAAGAAGGCGGCCGGAAAAUUUUUCGAACAAGCUAACUAUGUUGUUGCCCUAGGUAGCAAUGAUUUCAUCAAUAAUUACUUGAUGCCGGUUUACCAAGAUUCGUGGACAUAUACCGGGGAUGGAUUCGUCGAUUAUCUUAUGGAAACCCUAGGAGCACAACUCACGAUCUUGCAUGGAUUAGGUGCUCGUAAUCUAAUGGUGUUUGGAUUAGGGCCAAUGGGAUGCAUUCCACUUCAAAGGGUUCUUGGUAACAACGGGGAAUGUCAAGAGAAGACGAACAAUUUAGCCUUGAAAUUUAAUAGUGCAACCGCGAAACUAAUAGAUGGGCUCAACAAGCAGCUCACAAAUGCGAGUUUUAAAUUUGGAGAUGCUUAUGAUGUUGUCAAUGAUGUUAUUUCCAAUCCUAAUAAAUAUGGUUUCAAGAAUUCGGAUUCGCCUUGUUGUUCAUUCGGGAAUAAUAUUAGACCGGCCCUCACUUGCACUCCUAUGUCGCAGUUGUGUAAAGAUAGGAGCAAGUAUGUAUUUUGGGACGAAUAUCAUCCAUCCGAUAAAGCAAAUGAGUUGAUGGCCAAAGAACUCAUAAAGAAGUUAGGGUUUGUUCGUGUUAAUGGCUCGAUAGCUCCCGCCAUCGCUCCAUCUGGGGACGACUAA